UAUUUGGUGUCCCGCCAAAAACAAUAUAAACAUCACUUUUCCUCUUGUUUUCAAUUAUUCGCGAAUAUAUAUUGGUGAAAAUGGACGCGGAGAUUAAACAACAAUUUGACGAAAUGGGCGUGGAACCCACAGAAGUGGUGCUGGACAAAUGCAUGGAGUUGGCCCUUUCAUACAAUGUCAACGAUGCCACCGAAUUUGUGGAACAAUGGAUGGCCUUCAGUUUGUCCCAUCUGCACGGUGAUGAGCCGACCAUUGAGAAUCUUGGCGAGUUUGAGCGCAAGGUUUUGCAAUUGCGACGCGAUAAGGUUGGCUCUAGGCAGAACAACCAAAAGAGCAGAUCGUCGACUCUGUCCACUCCAACUGUGGCAUCCGCAUCCAUCAUCGACUCCAGCUCUUUGGCUACCUAUGGUGUUAAGGAAGAUGAGUCCAUGCUGGGACUGAACUAUGACUAUAGUGCUGACAAUGGGCCGGACUCUGCGAUGCACACACCCAAGGCUAACAAGAAUUCCGCGCGCACCGGUUCUCUUAAGAGUGGAGUUCUAUUUAGUCCGGCCAGCUACACACCGCACUCGGCCAAACGAACACCCACAUCAACGGACACAGUUGUGGGACGACCAGGUGAUAUUGUGGACACGUUUGGCCAUCCCAAACUAAUUUCCGGCUCGUCCUGGCAAGCUCAGGUGGAACAUUCCGUACCUGUGACUCAGAAGAUGUUGCACAAAGAGUCCCCAUUGACAGCUGACAAUUUGUGUUAUAUGCACGAUUUACUCAGCGAAAGAUGCAAUGACUUGUACGAUCGUUUCCUGGAUAUUGGCGAAGGACUUGUCGAAAAGAAGUUGGGUGCCGAAGGAGCAGCUGAAUGCAAUUGGUAUCCCCAAGAUAGGCAUUCCCUGGAAGCAUUACAUAUGCUACAUGCAGUGGGCAUGGUGCAUUCUGAAGAUGACGGCCCUCUGGAUCCGCAUUCCGCCCUGUUAGCAGUGUUGGAUGCGGAUGAGCCACAGAACAGUUUUCUAACGCUUAACUUUUCUCGCAUUAAGUCGGCGUCCAUUUUUCCAGGCCAAGUGGUGCUCUUGAAAGGAUUUGUACCCAAAGGCAAUACUUUCGUGGUUGAAGAAAUCUAUACGGAACGAAAGCUGACGCCACCCUUACCCCUCAAACUGGACCGGGAACUGCAGUUUGUCGUAGCAGCUGGACCAUUUACGCAUAGCACAGACCUCUUUUACGAUCCGCUGCACGAUCUGCUUAAGUAUCUAAAAGAUCAUAGACCCGAUGUCCUUCUGCUUACCGGUCCGUUUGUGGAGGCCGAACACAAGAUGGUGGCGGAGCUUGCCGAAGGAUUUGAUUCCUUCUUCGAGAAAAUGAUUGUUGGCAUAAUGGAGGUAGUCGGCUGUCAUACCCAAGUGCUGAUGGUUAGCAGCCAAAGGGAUGCCAUGGCCCACUCGGUGUAUCCGACCCCACCGCCAGUAAUGCGCAGAAUUUAUCCCAAUUUGCACUUACUGCCCGAUCCCUCGAUUGUUGAUCUAGACGGCAUCACAGUGGGUGUGACAUCCACGGACAUUGUGAGCCAUCUGCUGAGCCACGAAUUUGCUCUUAAUGCUGGCGAGCGAUUGCACCGUGCCAUUAAUCAUCUGUUCAAUCAGGGUUCCUUUUAUCCCAUGUGUCCACCAGGCGAUGAGAAUAUGUGCUAUGAUUCCCUGCUGGCCCAAAAGUAUGCGCAGCUCAAGCAGCUGCCCAACAUUCUGAUAUUGCCCAGCGAUCAGCGACAUUUUAUACGUUUGGUCAGCGACUGUUUGGUAAUCAAUCCUGGACGUUUGGCCAACACAAAAGGCGGCACCUUCGCCAGAUUCCUGGUGACACCUACAGCUCCAACAGCCACAGCCAAGACGGUCAAUAUGUUCAACAGUGCCGCCUGUCAAGUCCAACGCAUCUAAAAAUAAUUCUAAUUUUAAUGAGAAUGUCUGAAUGCAGCAGGAAUCUUAACGGGCAUUCUUAUAUACAUAAAAUACUUUUAUUUUUAGUAAAUAAUUGUAGGUAAAUAAAUCAUGGAUAAUGAUCCAUUCAGAUUAAUUUAAA